AAAGGGGUUUUUUGUUUUUUAAAUAUGGAUUUCCAAGCUUUCUUCAGUUGUUGAUUUUGACGUGAAUAUAGAAUUCAAUAAAUUUAAAGUUUUUUUUUUUUUUUUUUAAAAAAGGAAAACUUCGUGAAUUCAUCAUUUACGCCAACGGAUCACGUCAAGCCAGGCGUCCCCCCCCCCCCCCGUUUACGUAACGAACGCAGAACUGGCGCAACGCAUGCGCAAUAGCGACAAAUGAUAUUGCCCGAAGGCGAACUAAAACCACGGCCAAAACCAAACUAUACACGGCGUACUUAAUAACAACAACCCCCCCCCCCCUUCGUAUUGGACACAGUGAAUUAAAAGUUGCUCUUUUUUGUACCGGAACGGUAGCGGCGGUCAUACAUUGAUGUGAUUACCCUUCACCAAAGUCACCUGAGACCGACACGACUCACCUGCGACCCUCUUGAGGAAAGUCAUUGUGGAGAAUGGAAUUCCCCAUCCGUACAAUCAAUGGAAUCCUGAGUGCAGGCCUGCAGUACGGGCGGGUAGGGCUCGCUCAGGACCUUGUAGCGGACCUUGGUGUUGGUGACGGCGCCGUGCUUCUGCCGCAGCUCCCGCCCCGCUCCGGACUCACCGUGUAAGGCUUCUCGCCGGUGUGGAUGCGCAGGUGGCUCUUGAGGGUCUGCAGGUGGCGGAAGCGGGUGCCGCACGUGUGGCAGGGGUACGGCUUCUCCCCCGUGUGGAUCAAGACGUGCGCUCGGAGGACUUCACCAGUGCAGCCGCAUGAAGUCCCGGCAGGUAUCCGCCACGUGGUCCAUCUGCAGAAUACCACCAUGUCCGGUCCCACCUGGCUGCCACCGAGGACUCUGGAUAGUCCCGAGCGAGGCGUCCCCCAGGUGUCCCACCCUGCUGGCUCGGCCAUCUACCGAGCCCCCAACAAAAAGGGAGCGCCUGACUUCCGGCCAAAGUAUGUCCCUUAUGACCAGAACGGCGCAGGAGCAGGGAUGGCGAUUCGGUACAUGGCGACCGGACCUUCAGGCGGGCCUGUUCAUCGUUCGACUGGGGAUCACUACUACGCCCCUCCUCACGGGCCCAAAGAAGAGCGCAACAGGACUCCCCACGGGGACGGCUACGAGUUGAUCCACCGUGGCCCCGACAAGACUCCGGGCCAUCACACAAAGAUCGACGCCGACAUCGACUCACUCACCGCCAUGUUGGCCGACCUCGACGGACACCCGCAGGACUCCAGCGCACAACUGUACGACAACGUGCCUUACAACAAAUACCUCUCAGGGGAUCACUACAACGCCGUUCCGCCUCAGAGCCGACCCAAUUCGGGGUACCCUCCUCACCCGCAGGGCCAGUACCACCCGCCAUCAUCUUACACCGCCGAGCACCGCGCGUCUCCCUACGGCGCUUCCCACCAGCAGGACUACUACACCUCGGCCGCCUCCAAGGGGUACCCCCAGCCCGUGCCGGCGUCCUACACCACGGCCUCAACCCCUACCGGGCCCCGAUUCAGCGUGCAGGUCAAGACCGCCCAGCCCGUCACCUACUCGCAGUCGGGGAGGCAGGCCGAGCAGGCCUACACUCCGCCGCCGCCGCGGCACCACGGACCGCGCCCGCCGGCUCAGAGUGGCCCCCAGGACUGGUACCCCGCGCACCCUGGCUCGCAAGCUCAGGAGAUGCAGAGGGGAAGAGGCAGCAAGGUGGCCCUGUCCAAAAGAGGGAUGGAAGACAAUCAAAUGGGAGCGGCACAGAGUCCUGCUUACCAGUCCGGCAAGCAUAUGGCAGUACCAACCCGCCCAGAAGAGGAGUUGGAUCGCCUCACCAAGAAGCUCGUGUACGAUAUGAACCACCCGCCCGCGGAGGAUUAUUUUGGCCGCUGCGCCCGCUGCGGCGACAACGUGGUGGGUGACGGCAGCGGCUGCGUCGCCAUGGAGCAGGUGUUCCACGUGGAGUGCUUCACGUGCAUAACCUGCCACGCCCGCCUGCGUGGGCAGCCCUUCUACGCCCUGGACAAGAAGAGCUACUGCGAGAGCUGUUACAUUAGUACGUUAGAGCAAUGUUCAAAGUGCUCCAAGCCCAUUUUAGACCGCAUCUUGCGUGCCAUGGGGAAGGCGUACCAUCCUCGCUGUUUUACAUGCGUGGUGUGUAAUUGCUGCUUGGAUGGUGUCCCCUUCACGGUGGACGCCACCUCGCAGAUACACUGCAUUGAAGAUUUUCACAGGAAGUACGCACCUCGCUGUUCCGUGUGCGGCGAGCCCAUCAUGCCCGAGGCAGGUCAGGAAGAGACAGUCAGGAUCGUGGCGCUAGACCGCAGCUUUCAUGUCAACUGUUACGUCUGUGAGGAAUGCAGCCUCCUGCUGUCCUCCGAGGGCGAAGGUCGCGGCUGCUACCCGCUGGAUGGACACAUCCUGUGCAAGGCCUGCAGCGCCCGGCGGAUCCAGGACCUCUCGGCCAAAAUCUCUACAGACUGCUGACCGACACGCUGUGGAACACAUUUAAGCUUUUUUUUUUUUUUUUUUUUCCCCCACUCUUUUAUACAUCACACAGCUUUAACAGUCCUAAUCCCCCUUUUUGCUCUAUUAUUUGCUAGUCUUGUCUGUUGCGUUACUGAUCCAAAUGAGUUGCAGUGAAGUAGUCGUCGUCAUAUUUUGGUACAUAUUUUGCCCUACCGCACAAGUACUUGCACACUAAUUUCAAACUGAAGGAUGACAGGAAAACAAAUCCAGACUGCCUCAGAACACGCUGACUGUGACGUCUACAUUUGAACAGGCUGUGUAGUAGCCUCGUAGAAAUGUAGGUCAAAGAAAUGUAGUAUUUAACAAUGAAUUGGUUUGAGAGGUUUUAGCCGUAACGAAUGUGAAAAAGAAAAAAAAAAAUCUUUUUGAGAUUUUGACUCAGAACGGUGCGAUGAAGUCGGCGGUCGGAAAGGAAAACAGGGUGAAAACGACCACCGAAAAUGAUCGAUCUAGAGUUCGUCCUCCCUUGUGGAAGUUUGCACUUAUGUUGUGUGGAGCGCCACACAUGAGAUGCGGGGCAAAAAAUAAUAAUUGCGGCUCCAAUAUAAACCUGCACAAAAUGCACAAUAUUUGUCAUCAAGUAUGUGUAUGCCAAGUAAUUUGUGUUAAUUACCAAAUUAUGGUUAUAAAAUAUAUACCGUGCCACAUAAUGGCAACGUGCUGGCCAAAUAUGGACUUUUGACUAUGAAAUAAGCGUUCCAUGCAUAAAAUGCUACCAAUGAAUUGUAAUUUGUGAGCAGGUAAUUGGUAUCGCACACAUUUGUAGGUGUGAAUGUCCCCUGCGGAAGCAAACAACAUAUAUUUGGAUUUCAUGGCCACUAAUGAGGAUUUUGUGUACACAGAACCACCUCUUGUUGCAACAAUUAUUUUUCCCCCCCAUGUCAUGUCUUGGGCGCCAAAAUUUUGAGCCUUUGCAGUUACAGUAUUUGCUACCGUCGCUUGUCGAGCCACCGUCCCGCCUGUUGUUUUUGUUUCCUCAAGGGCUAAAAACCUUUCAGUGUGAUUGUUGAUCCCGCUCUUGUGAAGUGAUGGCAACACCUUUUUUGUUUAUUUGCGCCUUUUUACAGUUGGAAUGUUCUCUCCAGUUGCACAAUCAGCCAUCAGCUUUGGCAUUUUUUUUUUUGGGGUGGGAGGGUCUCUCCGUUUUGAAAUGCUGUGAAGUGGAGCUCACGUUACUGCAGCACGUCCUUUUUUUGGCGGUUGAAUAAAUUUUGUUUUUGUUUUUUAAAGCAGAAGUGUCAUGUGACUAACUGACUCAACUCGGAAAACUCACACAGCUGUCAAAAUAAAAUUGUCUAUUUAUUCAGUUUAGACCAUUUUGCGACCAUGUAGUCGGUCUACAGCUUGUACGACAUCAAUUUAGUUCCCUCAAAAUAACAGCCGCCCAAUAAUGUUGAAACCACUCGUAACAAACGUGAGCAAACCCCUGAGUGAAAAUCUCUCAAUUGGGCUCUUUUGGUGCGUUUCUCCCGUGAUGACUCGCUCAAUGCGUCGUAUUGGAAGAAAGAAAAUGCCACACAGGUGACGUAUGGAGCAAAUUUAAUGAGCCAAGGCACAUAUUUGAAAGUAAACUUUCACAGCACGCCACCUGUCCCACAAAGUUUGAAAUGAUUAUUUUCCUGAACAUUCUCACGAAUGAAUGUGAGCUAUACUGUGUACAUCGCUAGCACAGGUAGCUGAACAAAGGUACGGUAUUUGUCGUAAGUGAACUGCAUUUCUUUCCCCAUGACAAAACUCAAAA